UCCGAGCUCGCUCUCCUCUCUCUUCUUCCUCUCUCAUCUCGCUGCGAACCUUCCAACUGCAGUACCUGACCAGCAAUGGCGGUACACCUCCCAGUGUCUAACCCGUCCCCAGGACUGUGCUCUAAGCCGCACCAGCAGCGCGGCAACGCCUCGACGACGUCCACCGCAGCGGUGGCUGCGGUGGCGGCCACGCCGCAAACGACGCGGCUGUCAGCGCCGUCUAUUGCGGUAAACGUCAGACACGCCACGCCAGCCGCACCGGUUGUCAUGCCGGAGAGAAAGAAGAACGACCAGUCCCUGGCGAGCAUGUGGCGGGAGAUCCAAGGCGCCGGCGACUGGGCCGGGCUGGUCGCGCCGCUGCACCCGCUCCUCCGCGCCGAAAUUGUCCGGUACGGCGAGCUCGUGGCGGCCACGUACAAGGCGUUCGACCUCGACGCCAGUUCCAAGCGGUACCUCAACUGCAAGUACGGCAAGGCCCGGAUGCUCGAGGCGGUUGGAAUGGCCAGCGCCGGGUACGUCGUCACCAGGUACAUCUACGCGGCGCCGGACGUCGCUUUCCCCGGAGGUGCGGGGCCGUGCCCGAGCCGGUGGAUCGGCUAUGUGGCGGUCGCGUCCGACGACAUCGCACGGCGUCUCGGCCGUCGCGACAUCAUCGUGUCGUUCCGGGGCACGGUCACCGGGUCUGAGUGGGUAGCCAACAUGAUGAGCUCACUCGAGCCGGCGAGGUUCGACCCGGCGGACCCCCGCCCAGACGUGAAGGUCGAAUCGGGGUUCCUCUCCGUCUACACCUCCGACGACGCCACCUGCCGGUUCACCCGCGGCAGCUGCCGGAACCAGCUCCUCUCCGAGGUUACACGCCUCAUUAUGAAAUAUAAGCACGAGGAGAUCAGCAUCACUCUGGCAGGCCACAGCAUGGGUAGCUCCCUCGCCCUCCUCCUCGGCUACGACCUUGCCGAGCUCGGCCUGAACCGCGACGGCAAAGGCAACACCGUGCCAAUCACUGUCUACUCUUUCGCCGGCCCGAGGGUCGGCAACACGGGGUUCAAGAACCGGUGCGACGAGCUCGGCGUGAAGGUGUUAAGGGUGGUGAAUGUCAAUGACCCUAUCACCAAGUUGCCCGGCAUCUUCUUGAACGAGAAUUCUAGGGUUUUGGGAGGCAGGUUGGAGCUGCCAUGGAGCUGCGCAUGCUACACACAUGUAGGCGUUGAGCUUGCUCUUGACUUCUUCAAGGCAAGAGACCCUGCUUGUGUGCAUGACUUGGAAGCCUAUUUAGGGUUGCUCAAGUGCCCUAAGGUUGCGAAAGUGAAAAAAGAUGGAGAUGAUCUUAUGAGCAAGGCGAAGAAGUUUCUGCUUCAGCAGAAUUUUGAUACUUGGAGGUUACAAAUGGCAGUAAUCCAAGUUGGUGAGCUCGUACAAGCCCUAGGGAUGUAGAUUUAUACAGGGUUCAAUUUCAUCCCAUGAUUUUUUGAGGGAUAUGAAACUUAGAUACCCUUGUAAAUUCCAUUUUUUGUCGGUAAAUGAGGCAGUGGAAACAACAUACCGGAUAUGUACAUGUAACUAUGUAAGUUAAUACAAAAUUA